CGCAGUGCCGGCCGGAUAUUGGGAGCCGGGAUUGUGAGACAUGCCUGCGCAAAGCUAUCCAAGUAAUGCAAAGUUGUUGUUAUUCAAGAUUGAGUGCCACAGCUCUCUCCCUAGACUGUAAUAUGAAGUAUGCGACGGAGCCUUUCUACAAUAUUAGCACAGCCGCGCCGCCACGGGCUCCGCCACCUAUCCUCCCUCCUCCUCCUCCUCCUCCGCCCACUUCUUCAACAAGUGCAGGAAACAAAGGAAAUUCUUCAUCAAAACUGAUUAUUGCCAUUGUAGUUCCGGUCAUCGGGGUUACACUCUUCAUUGCAAUCUUUUGUUUUGUGAGGAUCAAAAAAGAGAAGAAAUCAAAAACUACAGCACAGACAAAAGAAGAUGUGUCUGGAAUUUCAACUGAGGAGUUCUCCCAAUACGAUUUUGCUACUAUUCAAGCUAUUACAAAUGACUUUUCCAAUGAAAAUAAAAUUGGCCAAGGCGGAUAUGGUUCUGUAUACAAGGGAAAGCUUCCCAACGGACUAGAGGUAGCUAUAAAAAGGCUUUCAAGAAACUCAAGACAAGGAGCUCAAGAAUUCAAAAAUGAAGUUGGUGUAGUUGCCAAGCUUCAACAUAAAAAUUUAGUAAGGCUAUUGGGAUUUUGCUCCGAAAGAGAAGAAAAGAUACUAAUUUAUGAAUUUGUUCCCAAUAGAAGUCUUGACUAUUUUUUAUUUGAUAAUGAAAAGAAGCAUCCUUUGAAUUGGUCAAGGCGUUACAAGAUUAUAGAAGGGAUAACACGAGGGCUACUAUACCUUCAUGAAGAUUCUCGUCUUAGAAUCAUACAUCGUGAUCUUAAGGCAAGUAACAUAUUACUAGAUAAAGAAAUGAACCCAAAAAUAGCCGACUUUGGCAUGGCCAAAAUUUUUGGAGUUGAUCAAACUCAAGGAAAUACAAGCAGAAUUGUUGGAACAUAUGGCUACAUGUCUCCUGAAUAUGUAAUACAUGGCCAAUUCUCUGUGAAGUCUGAUGUUUAUAGUUUUGGCGUUCUUCUUUUGGAAAUCAUAGCCGGGGAAAGAAAUUCCAACUUCGCCGAAUCAACUGGACCACAGGAUCUUCUUAGCUAUGCUUGGAAACAUUGGAGGGACAACACACCUUUAGAAAUACUGGAUCCAGUUCUUGGAGAAUCCUACUCAAGAAAUGAAGUCAUCCAAUGUAUCCAUAUAGGCUUAUUAUGCGUUCAAGAAGAUAUCGAGGAAAGGCCUACAAUGGCAAAUGUUGUCCUCAUGCUCAAUAGUCAUUCUAUUACUAGGUCAUCACCUGGUGAACCAGGAUUUUUCUUUAGGGGAAGAUCAGAGCCGAACGGGACAGAAUCAGAUCAGUCUAGGAGCAAGUCAUUGCCAUUUUCUGUGAAUGAAGUGUCCAUUUCUGAGCUAGAUCCAAGAGCAGCAAAACACAAAUUAUAUAUGGAUCCUCAUCCUCCAUUCACAUCCUUAUUUGUGCUAAUCAGUCUGUUAACCGGAGUUACCUCCCAACUUCUCGGACAGUUAUGUCCCAACACCUCUAGUAGUACUUAUGCUCCUAACAGCACUUAUCGAGCAAACCUCGAUGUUCUCCUCUCCGCCCUUUCUUCCAACGCCAACCGCACAGACGGCUUUUACAACACCACCGUCGGGGGGCGCAACGCCGCCGUGUACGGCCUGUUCAUGUGCCGGGGCGAUGUCUCCGCCGCCGUUUGCAGCGCGUGUGUAAGCGACGCCACCGUAACCGUAUUGCAGCAAUGCCCCAACCAAAUGACUGCAACUAUUUGGUACGAUUACUGUAUGUUGCGUUACUCCGACGGCCCUGUAUACGGGAGGCCCGACCCGUCUUCUGUUAUUUUUAUUCUGCGUAACACUCUGAACGAUUCUCAGCCGGAUCGGUUCAUGGAGUCUGUGAGAAAGACGUUGGAUUGGGUGGUUUCUCUAGUGGUCAACGAUGAAUCCCCCCACAAGAAAUUUGCGACUCGAGAAGAUAACAUUAGUGCAUCCGAGAGGAUCUACUGUCUUGGGCAGUGCCGGCCGGAUCUUUCCAGGUUGGAUUGCCGGAGAUGCCUGAGCAAUGGUGUCCAACAACUGCGAACUCCAACAAUGGGUGCUAGAACUAUCACCGCAGACUGUAGUAUUAGGUAUGAGGUUUACCCUUUCUACAAUAGCACAGCCGCCUCUGCGCCACCGCUGGCCGCCGGUGAAGGAAACAGAGGAAAUUCAUCUUCAAAAGUGAUUAUUGCCAUUGUAGUUCCGGUCAUUGGGAUUAUAUUCUUCAUUGCAAUCUUCUGUUUUGUGAGAGUUAGAAAAGUCAGGAAACAAAAUACUACAACAGAGCAAACAGAUGUGUCUGGAAUCUCAACAGAGGGUUGCUUGCAGUACGAUCUUGCUACUAUUCAAGUUAUUACAUCGAAUUUCUCCCCUGAAAAUAAAAUUGGCGAAGGUGGAUACGGUUACGUAUACAAAGGAAAGCUUCUCAACGGACAAGAGGUAGCUGUAAAACGACUUUCAAAAAGUUCGGGACAAGGAACUCAAGAAUUCAAGACGGAAGUUGAAGUUGUUGCCAAGCUUCAACAUAGAAAUUUAGUUAGGCUAUUGGGCUUUUGCUCCGAGGGAGAAGAAAAAAUAUUAAUCUAUGAAUUUGUGCCUAAUAAAAGCCUUGACUACUUUUUAUUUGAACCUAAAAAGAGGCACCUAUUGGAUUGGUCAAGGCGUUACAAGAUUAUAGAAGGGAUAGCACGAGGACUACGAUACCUUCAUGAAGAUUCUCGUAUUAGAAUCAUACAUCGUGAUCUAAAAGCAAGUAAUAUAUUGCUAGAUGGAAAUAUGAACCCGAAAAUAGCAGAUUUUGGCAUGGCUAAAAUAUUUGGAGUUGAUCAAACCCAAGAAAAUACAAACAGAGUUGUUGGAACAUACAAAAAAAUGUCAUUCCUUAUACCUAUAGUACGUUUCAUACACUUUCUGCCUAUUACUGAGAUCUUGUAUGUAUUCACUUUAAUGGCGGGAAGUGGCUAUAUGUCUCCUGAGUAUGCGAUGCUUGGCCACUUCUCUGUGAAAUCUGAUGUUUAUAGUUUUGGUGUUCUACUUUUGGAGAUCGUAACCGGAAAAAGAAACGCCAACUUCAGUGAUCGAAGUGGAGUACAAGAUCUUCUUAGCUAUGCUUGGAAACAUUGGAGGGAUGGCACACCUUUAGGAAUAGUGGAUCCAGUUCUUGGAGAAUCUUACUCAAGAAAUGAAGUCAUCCAAUGCAUCCAUAUCGGCUUGUUAUGCAUUCAAGAAAAUAUCGAUGAAAGACCUACAAUGGGAAAUGUUGACCUCAUGCUUAAUAGUUAUUCUAUUACUAAAUCAGUCCCUCGUGAACCAGCAUUUUUCUAUAGUGGAAGAUCAUCAGAGCAGAGAGGGGUAGAGUCAAAUAAGUCUAUGAGCAAGUCAAUGCCAUGGUCUGUAAAUGAAAUGUCCAUUACUGAGCUAGGCCCAAGAUGAGGGAGAGAACCAUGGAAUCUAACCAUUGAGUGCAAGGAUGAAAUUAAUUACUCGAGUGCUCCACCAUUAUUCACUUAGACUUAUUUCUAGUGUUCGGAUAGAGGUUGGAUUGAGCCCAUGGUUGAUGAAGGGUCUUUCAUCUGCAUGAUUGCAUGCAUCACAGAGAUGAUAUGAACUCAAAACUAAAUAGCAAAGAGACAAGUCAGGGACCAGGAGUUGUACACCAAAAUGAAUACUAAAAUGUCUGUCAGAUUGCGUCUAAAUUGGUUA